CAGAAUGGAAAAAUACUUGAUAGUGUGUGGUUGGUAAGAGACAGACAUGUGUCAUACAAGAAGAUUCGAAAUGAGGAACUUUAAGACAUCUUCACUGUUGCCUUACUUAGCAAGAAUAAAGUAUUUACCUUCUUCUACUGACAGCCACCACAUACAGUGGCCAUAUUGGGAGAAGAUGCUUAGAUCUUGCGAGGAAAUCCUCCAUUUCAGCUAAUGAGUUUUUUCAGUUUUAUUUUAAAGUAACUAUCUGUGUGUGUAUAGAAUAUGUAGAAUAUGUUUAACCAGUUUUGGAGCAGAACACUAAACACUGUGACCUCUAAAAACUAUGACAUCUUUUACAGUUGCUUUUAUUAUUAUAUUCAUGGAGUGUGUCUUUUGUCUGUAAGUUGAAUAAAACCAGAUUUAGAAAGCACAUAAGAAAGUACAUACUGGUUUAGCAGCAGAUUUGGGGUCAAGUAGAAAAUCUGCCAAGUAGUCACUGUAGCUGAGACCUUGGGUAGCUCUAAAAAUAAGCUGAAUAAAUAUACAAGAGAAAGGUUGGGUUUGAGAAGGACCUGCCCGUGUGGGUCUUACAACGAUAUCACUCAAGAUAGCAAAUGACAAUACAUUAGGUUUACAUAUAUAGAAUUACCAUAUUACUGCAUUAUUAUUAUUAUUAUUAUCAUACUAUACAGUAGGCCCCUAACUUAAGAUGAAAUGUGGUUUUGGAUAUUGUCCAUAACUCAAGUGUUUGGAAUUUGGAACCUAUUUUUCCAUAGACACUCAGAAACCUUAGUGUUCCUGAGCCAUAUUUUAUAUCUACUUUCAUAUAUGUUACAUAAAAUUAAUUUAAAAAAUA